AUGAAUCCUCUAAUUUGGCAUAAAGUGGCUGCAGUUUCAGGUGUAGCAGCACUUGGAUUGGGCACUUAUGGUGCGCACGCUUUCAAGCCCCAAAACCCUUCUUACAAAGAUGUUUGGCAUACUGCAUCACUUUACCAUUUGGUUCAUACUGCCGCAUUAGUUUCAGCUCCAAUUACCAAAAAUCCCAAUCUUUUUGGAGGGCUUCUAACAGCUGGAAUCUUGGCUUUCUCUGGGACGUGUUAUACGGUUGCAUUUCUUGAAGACAGAAAAUACUCAACCUUGGCUCCAUUUGGCGGCUUUGCAUUUAUAGCAGCCUGGGGAAGCUUGUUUUUCUGA